AAAAAUUCUUUUCAAGUGAAGAAAAAAGAUGAGGCGGCGGCGGUGGUGGCCGGAGGAAUGUUCAUAAAGGUGAGCAUGGACGGAGCUCCGUUUCUAAGGAAGGUUGAUCUCAAGAUCUAUGGAGGAUAUCCUGAGCUUCUUCAAGCUUUGGAGAUCAUGUUCAAAUUCUCUCUUGGGAAGUUUUGUGAGAGAGAAGGGUAUAACGAGUCGGAAUUCGUCCCGACUUAUGAAGAUAAAGAUGGCGAUUGGAUGCUC